CUGCCUGCACCCCCUCUCCGAGCUCGCAGGCCGCUCACAGUCCCUCCGCGGGACGUUCACUCUUUUUCAUCACGUUCUUUUGCCUCUCGGUCUCACAAAAACAACGAAAUGUCGGCCCAGUUCCUUGUCGAGAAGUCUAGCGUCCAUCGCCGCGGCCUAGCGGGAGGUGUCCGCCGGUUGAACAAGCGUUGGGUCUACACCCCGACGGCGAUCUUCACCACGGAUACGGACAUCUUGCUCCCUACCACUACCUCGGAUGUUGCUGCUGACCCCAACGCUACUGUCACAACGUCUGCCAUUGUGCCGACCACUUCGGCCACGGGCAUAAUUCCGGUUGCGUCCACAACCAGCUCGUCCACCGCUGUCGCCGCCGCAACGUCCACUCCCGCCACUACGUCUGCUACGGUCGCUACGCCUGUGCCCACCACUACGUCUACCUCGAGUGUUGCACCAACCACUACUCAGCAACAGCAAGCCCAGCAAGCUGCUACGACUCCGGCGACCACCCAAGCACCGACCACGACCACCCGGACGGUGGCCAAUGCUCUCACUGAGGUGACUCAGACGUUGACUUCCACUCGUGCUGGCAGUGCAGCUGCAGCUUCAAGCGCUAUUGCGAGCCCGUCGGCGUCCACCACUCCUACUUCCACAACAAGCCCUGGGUUGGUUGGGGGUGGUAUCAUCGCAGCUGUUGUCGGUGUUGCUGGUAUACUGUUCGCUGUGGUUUACUUCAUCCGCCGUUCACGCAAGACUAAUGACGAUGAGGACGAUGGAAAUGAGUUUAACGCUCAGGCUUUCCGGCGUCAAUCUGUCGUGCUCCAAGACGAUAACUAUCCGGUUAUGAGCCGCGCCAUGACUGUCAACCGCAAUGGCAACACGCCCCGGCCUCCGACUAUGAUUGAGCGCAAGAUGGCCAACACCCCGGCUCCGUACGACGUUCCGGCGAUGUCUCAUCCUUACGGAUACUCAGGCGCUUAUGGCCAGCCGUCCUUCGCUCCGGGUCAGGUUAUGACCCCUGGUCCGUACACUCCGACCUCAGUCAAUUCGGCCAACCCCUUCUUCUCGCCCUACGGCGACUCACCCAUUGGUACUCCUGUCUCUGUCGCAGCAUACAACACUGCAUACACUGAAGAUGGACACGCGAUCUCACGCCAGCCCUCCAAUGGCUCCUCUGCUAUCCUCUCUCGCCAACCGUCGUCCGCUGCUCUUUCUACGCCGCCGGCAGUUGACGGAGCGCAGUAUGUUGACCUGAACCGGUCCAGUGUGACGCCCUUCCAGGCCGCCCAGUAUGCCGAGAUCUCCCGCCGCCUGAACACCAACCCGCCCCAGCCUUUGCCCGCUUCUGAGGUCGCGGAGGUUGCAGAGGAACUCGCCGAGCACGAAGGAGCCGCUCCGGUACUGUCCCCGAGGACAGUUGAGCCUCUUGAGCUCCAGCCGACACUGAGCUUUGACGAGCCGCGGCGCUUCACCGUACAGCCGACGCCGAAAGAGAGCGCCUUCCCCGAGUCGCCCUUCGCCGACCCGACUAUGAGCUUCCACGAAGAGCAAUUGCAGCACGCCCCGGAGCGCGAUUCGUUCCCCAUGCCGCCGUCGCCGACGUACUCAUCGAAGUCGCGCGUCACAUCCAAGCCGCCUACGCUCCCGGAGAUCCAGAUCCAGCAACGCCCCUUCUCGCCGGUGUCGCUCGACUUCCCGCUCGUGCCCUCAACGCCGCACGUCGCGCCCUCGCCGCUCGGCUCGACGUUCACCAUGCCAUCACCUCCCGCCGACGCACACUUCUCCGAGCCCGCUUCUCCUGCCACACCCGUGUCGCGCGGCCAGGUCGUGCCGAUGAGCAAGCGGCCGGACACGGUGUACACCCUCUACGAUGAGGACGACGCCUACGCCGGUAUCUGAACCAGCAGACUUGUAUCACCACCAUCCGCGGCUUCCCUUCUCGCGAUCUGACGCGCCCACUGUGGCGCGUUUCGGCGCGGAGGUGCACGCGUUGUAGCAUUGCUCCCCUGUUCGACAUCUGUCUUGUCUUACUUAUCCUUUGGUGUGUGUCCCUGUGCUUGUGUUCCAUUGGCGUAAUUAUGCGGCGGCGGGGCAGAACUGGAUUCUCUGGGCGCGCGAGCAUGCACCUCGUCCUUCGCCUGUCACUUCCACCCAUCCCUGCCCAGCGUAACGGCUGCCGGCUCCUCCUUCUCCCUGUUUGUGCUACCCAUGCUCGCUCCCUCUGGCGGUUGAUCCUCUUCCUGUGUUUCACGGCUCUAGAUGAGAUCCCCCUACAGUACACCCCGGUUCGCUCUAAUGCGGGCCCUCCUUCCCUCCUCUCUCUCUCUGUUCCCCUCUGCGUUCCGUAUCGUUUGGUGUCGCUCCUGCCCGCGUUCGCUCCUUCACUUCCUCUUCCGUGCGGGCGGAGCCGUGUCGCUUUGCUCGAUUGGCGUAGGUACCUGGGAAGCCUCCUCCGUCUCCACUGGGCAACGAGCCGCUACAAUCUCGUCGAUACCUCGUUUACGCUUAUUACCACAAUUUCUAUGUUCAUGUCACGCCGAAGAUCUA